UGAAAAGAGCUACUUACGUUGUUUUCAGUGAAAUCUUCUGUGCGGAGGUGGAUGUGAUAUUCAGGGCCUAUGUAUUACUUAAUCUUGGCUGUCGUGUCGUGUCACAGGAAGAGAAACGAGGACAGAUGAGAAAGAGAGAGAGAGCUGAUUAGCUGCAAGCAAUGCACAGGAGCGCAGACGCAGUAAGUAUCAUUAACUUGUGGUGACAAUUUUCCUAAAUAUUAACUUCGAUGAGUCCACCACCGCAAAUUGAUUUCACGAUCACAACAGGUCAUAGUGGAGGGAAGGUUGGCAGUCACAGGGAGCAUUCUAGUAUCUGAAUGAGCUCGUUGUGUCGGACCACUAGAUGAAAGGGCAUUUCAACACAAGUUCUAUUUUGUGAAGCAUGUGAAUGCCAAAAAUGCCUUCCCCGUUUUCCUCUCUUCAUUCAUAGUUCACCCCGAUCGCUCCGGUUACAUUUUACGACUUCCUAAUUCAGCAGCUGAUUUUUAUCUGGUGACGCCAAGAACCGACUUUCAUUUGACGCCAAGUCAAGAGUGAUCUAGUGGUUGAUUAUUAAAAACGAGAACGAGCUUCGUCGAACGCUUUUUCGAGCAGUUCUCAAUAGAAUUUUUUCAUUUAUCUCUAGAAGUCUCCCUGCGUACUAUUUUUAGUAACCGUUUUUACAGGUGUCUUAGUCUUACAUUGUCUUACAUUUAAUGUUGUUCUUCGUCUUCCAAAUGCUGCGUCAUAGAAGCAGAGUUUAUACCAUAGAAAAAUAGAAUAAGCCUGAAAAGUAGUACUAGAGACAAACUCCUACCCGAUAAUUCUUCUCGUAAGGAUAUAAUUCUUCACAGUAGAUCCGAAAUAUUCAUAAAACAGCAUUAUGGGAAUUGGAGAAAUAGUAUCGUGCUUAAAAAUGCUGGUUAGACGAUCUUCAAGAUUUUCCACGGACCAGUUGCGUUGACGCGCAAAGUCUAGCCUAGUCUAGAGUCAGACGCAGUCGAGCAAGCCGUGACCGCGACUUUCCUGUACUAGAUCAGCCAACUUACAUGAUUUAGAAGGGACACGAGUCGUAGUUCAAGUACAGGCUGCGACCCUUAUCGAAUUUCGGUUUCCCGCGUAGCCAGUCGUAUCACUAUCAACAACAACUUCUUGGAAGGGCAGCACGAUACCUUUCAGCCAGCGGGUGGGAUAGGAAGAAGAAGAAGAAGUACUACCAAGGGAGACGUCAAAUCUGCUCUGAUCAUCUCCGACACAUGCACACUGGCAUUUUCAUUCUUGCCUUUGCCAAGAAUUGUUGUUUGUUGUCAACCUGUAAAAGCCGCGCGCGGAGCUCUGCACGCAGUGGCAGAAGCAGAAAGUUACCUAGGAACAGGAUCAUUGAUCUUCUCAGAUAAAACAUCAUCAAAGCGACUUCUUGAAAGGACCCGUUCUAGACAAAUCCAAGACUACUUCAACACCCAAGUAAAGCCCCCUGAUCAUCUUUGGCCCGUCUGUAGUAAGACUGGACGAAGCGCUUCGCAAAUCUGAGUAGACUUCAAGGCGUUAGACAAAAUCAAGACCCCAAGACGAAGACGAAGACCGAGAUUACUAAGUAGACAAAUCCCAGAACGACCAAGAAUUCAAGAUGCAGUUCGCCACGCCACGCGCGAGUGUCCCGGAGCCCCCGAACCUUCCACUUGCCAGUCCCCUAAGACGCGCGGACGUUGCGAAUCCCGUUCGCUUUCCUGUGGCACAAGAAGAGCUCCUCGCAACACCUACGCUGCAAACGCCAGCUAUCACAGCACACCAAUCCCUAGCGAAUCCUGGACCUGGAGGCAGCAUCGAUUUCGCUGCUCUCGGUGGUAUAGAUUUAGAUUACACUGGUGUUGUAGUUAUGAUGAAUAAAGAUUUUCUUCAGUUUUGUUAUUGUUUCAUACUGAUCGUGUAUUUAGUUCGUCGUAGCUCAUGAUGAUAAUGAGAAUUAGAUUUUGUUGAUGGGAAAUAAUUUUUAGGAGAAUGUCAGCCACAUCCUUUCUCUAACCAUAAAUUUCUCCAGCUUUAUGUCUUGUCCUUUUGAGCUACAGAAUUCCAUAGCAUUAUGCUCCCAGGCUGCAGCAUAAUGUAAACGUCAACGGAGAAGAUGAAGGCUGGCAGCAUAAUUUUUACGUCAACAUGUGGAACACCAUAAUCCUCAAAUACAUUUCUCAUUUCUCCAGGUUCAUCCUUUAAAAAGCUACAUUUCUACUGCAGGUUCCUCCUCAAUUUCUUUAGUUGCAUCUCGUCCAGGUUCCUCCUCAAUUCCUUUAGUUGCAUCUCCAGGUUCCUCCUCAAUUCCUUUCCCUCUAUCGGCUGGAGACUCCGUACCACUGCAGAGUCAUAUGCUUCCACAGAAUGGCGGCAAACUCCCAUUUUCGGAUAUAUUCGGCUGGAGUUGGGAGUGUGGAUCUGAUGUGGGUUCCCUGCCUAGUGUGUGGUCACGAGCAAGCACACAGCGAUCUUCGGCGUCUAGUCUCACGGGACAAACCCCAUCAACGCUUGCAGGAAUAGACGGACAACGACUCAUGUACUUAUUCUAAUCCUGAUAUUGUGAAGAAGAAGAUGCUCUAGUAGUCUACUUCUAGUACUUCUCUAAUCUCUCUGUCAUGACAGCUAAAGCUCUUCUCGAAUAACAUCAAGUUGAAGUUUUCUUUUUAACCGUAGUUUACUGGCACCCAUGUAUGGUCGUUUGGGAUGCAGUUUGAUGAAGAUGGCUCCCAUUACUCUCCAAGAUGAUGGCACCCAUUACUCUCCAAAUGCUUCCCCAGCUUCAUCAAGCCGCAAGAAGUGUCUACUGUCUACAAAUGAAUCUAUUGAAUCAUCUGCAGAAUACAAUGAUAUCAGAUUGAUUGUAGCAUUUAGUGCAGAUUCCUAGAUACAUGCUAUUUAGUCAUCUGCAUUCAAUACAAAUUCAGCUACAUCAAGCCGCAAGAAGUGUAUUCUGCUAAUGGUGGCACGGUUGUAAUCGGUCUUCGGAAAGAAAUACCGGAGCAGUGGUGGAAUCACGUAGAGAUUUUACUAGUGUCUGGCCCAACGCAGUUGCCGUUAAAGCCAAGUGGGAUUCGAAAAGUUAUGCAACAUCUUGUUCUUGAUCACCUUCACCAGAUGACGUUCAUGAAUGAUCUUUUUCUUCCUUCUCACCACUCACCAGUACGUAUACGAUGAUCUUGGACUAGUUCUUUUGCUCAGAGUCAGAUCAUCAUAUCAUCGACCUUGUUCGUUGUGACAACUCUGAUAAUAAGUAGUUGAUAAAGAUAAUGAUAAUUCCUCAACAGUAGUUGUGCAAGGACAAGAAGACAAGAAUGCACGAACUACAUACAGGUCUAUCCUCUUCCCCUCUACAGUCAGGCCGGCACCUAUUCUACCCUAUCCUCCCUUUGUCCUCUCUAACCAAUGAAAGAAGUUAUGCAUCAAGGUACCGCCAAAUCUGGAGUCCAAGGACUACGACGUCCGCGUCGUUUUCGCAGGACGCAUUUUGCAUGGAGCAAUACCGUUGGCAGUACGCGGAGACUCGGAUAAUGAGAGCGAAAGCGAAACGUAG